AUGUUUGGAAAUAAUGCGGGAGAUGGGUAUGAGCAACAGGGAAAUAGGUAUCAUGAUAUGGUUACAGAUGCAUUGCAUGAAGCUGUUAUUCCUGAUAGUAUUAGGGAAGAACCUAACAUAGACGCACAACGGUUUUAUAAUAUGUUAGACGCUGCCAAUGAACCCAUCUACGAAGGAUGUAGAGAAGGGCUUUCUAGAUUAUCACUAGCAUCUAGGAUGAUGAUCAUUAAAAGUGAUCAUAAUCUAAAUGAGAAGUGCAUGUAUUUGUGGGCUGAAAUCAUUAAUGAGUAUUUACCAGAAGGUAAUCUUGCUGCUGAUAAUUUCUAUGAAAUUCAGAAGCUAGUUGCGGGUCUUGGUCUACCAUCUGAAAUGAUUGAUGUAUGCGUUGACAACUGCAUGAUUUACUGGAAAGAUGAUGAAAUACUGACGGAAUGUCGAUUUUGUCAAAAGCCAAGAUAUCAAGAAACCACAGGAAGGAAUCAUGUGCCAUACAAACGUAUGUGGUACUUACCGAUCACAGAUAGAUUGAAGCGUUUAUACCACUCAGAAAGGACAGCCGCAUCGAUGAGAUGGCAUGCCCAACAUUCGGUGAAAGAUGGCGAGAUUACUCAUCCCUCAGAUGCGAAGAUGGAUUUAGUCCAUUUGGUAUCUGGAAGGCAAUACUCUUUAUGGCCUGUCAUCUUGACACCAUACAAUCUCCCUCCGGAGAUGUGCAUGCAAAGAGAAUUUUUGUUCUUGAGUAUUCCAGUGCCUGGUCCAAAACAUCCAAAGAGAGCACUUGAUGUUUUUUUGCAACCUUUGACCCAUGAGCUGAAACUGUUGUGGCAUUAUGGCGUGCAGACAUGGGAUUACUUGCAGCAACAUAACUUUAAUAUGCGUGUAGUGCUUAUGUGGACCAUUAGUGACUUCCCCGCAUAUGAAAUGUUAUCGGGUUGGACCACACAUGGAAGAUUAUCAUGUCCAUAUUGUAUGGAUAGGACAGAUGCUUUUCAGCUGAAAAAUGGGAGGAAGUCAUGUUGGUUUGAUUGUCACCGUAGGUUUCCUCCGCCGCAUCAUACAUAUCGUAAGAACAAGAAAUUGUUUAGGAAAAACAAGGUAGUGCAUGUUCCUCCCCCAGUAAUGCAAUCAGGAGCAUCUUUGUUAGAGCAGAUUGAUUAUUACGGUGCUAAGGAGACAUGGGAAGAGUAA